AAUUUCUUUCAUUCCCUCUUUGAUAUUCUUUCUUAUCAGUUCUUUAUUGUGAAUGCGGCAUCUUAUAUUUACUGGAUUUGUGCUCACGUUGACAGCUCUAGAAGCAGUCAAUGUAGCCAAAAGUACGGACAAUGAUAUUGUCUUGAAGGUAUCUACUGAAAAGCACUCAUCCCGUGACUCUCAUCACUUCUCUGGCGAAUGGCUUGAAUCUCCAUGGGGUGACCUCUAUCAGUUCCGUGCUGGCGACCAAAACUGGCUGACCGCCCGCGAACACUGUCUAUCUUUGAACGCCGAUUUGGCAGCCAUCCGGAACGUUGAGCAGUUGGACUGGAUCUUAUCGCAUUACGCUCCACUUUCGUCUCGAUUCGCGCAGAGACUUGUGCAGAUUGGAUUAUAUGCUCCAGAGGGCCAAACACAUGAAUGGAAAUGGUUGAAUGGAAAUGAAAUUAACAAAACUUUAUUAUGGAGUUCUGGAGAACCAUAUGAUCAUUCUAUGGAAGGACGUGAGAGAUGCGGUCUUUUGAAUGUUGAGAAAAGAGUUUUGGAUGACGUGGAUUGUGAAUCCACUUCCCCAGAUCACCACGCUCAAAGAUAUAUCUGUCAACGGACAAGCGAGAAUCACAAACAGCAACAAAGAUCCAACAAUUAUAUCUGGCAGAAAAUCGAAAAUCUAUUCAGUUUCUUUGGAAUCGGAGGUUCCCCAACUCCACACAAUGCAACUAUUCCUAAUGAUUAUGAAGAUGAAGUUUUGAAGAAUGAGACUUCUGCAACUGUUAAGUCAACAGUCAAAUUCAGUGACAGUGAAGAGGAAACAUCAAGUGAAGAAGAAGAAUCUGUUUCAAAAACCCUAGCUGCACUUCCAAAAAUUGAAGGAUCUGGCGAAUCAACAGCUUUGAAAGAACUACAGGAACCAGAAGGCAGUGGACAAAUAGUUGAAAAAAAGGCAAUUGAAACAACCGGAGAUUUAGUUUCUGGAGUGGAUGAAGAAAAACUUGAUAAGAUGAUUAAUAAAAUGGAAGAAAUGAUAAAAAGCAUUGACGAUCUGACAGUUCCACCAGCUGUUUUAGAAAGAACAACUGUAUCUACUGUUGUUCUGAAGAAAGAGGAAAUUGUAAAGCAAGAAAAAACUGAUGAGAAGAAAGUAGAAGAUAAGAAAGAGACAUUGGCAAAUGAACUGAAUGAUAAUAAAAUAUCUGAAAGUAUUGAAGGUGAUUUUGAUCAAGCACAAUCAAAAGAUAUGCCGAAGGCUGAUAUAGAACCACCAAAGGAAGAAGAUUGUGAUGAAGAAGGAUCUGGAAGUGGAAGUGGAGAAGAAGAUGAAAAAGAUGAAUCAAGUGAAAAAAUUGAACUUGCUCCAGAGAAAGAAGAUAAAAUUAAAGAGUUUCUUGGUGUUUUGAGGCUUUUCCUUGAUCGUGCUGAGCAUGGAGAUUUGAGAAAACUUCUUGACGAUCAAAGUGGAAAAACAUUGCUUGAAAGAAUGAAGAAUGCUGUGAGAGAAGCCAACAGAAGAGAAUUUGAAAUGUUGGAAAAAUUGGAGAACUCGAAGAAGUCUGAAGAGGAGAAAGAAGAAUUGGCAAAGAAGGAUCAAAUGAGCACUGAAGAACAAAAGGAUUUGUAUAAGAAAAUCAGUUCAGCAGUUAUGAAAGCUGCUAAAAUACACAAAAUUGAAGAAGCAGACAAGGUUCAAGACGAGCAAGCAAUGGAAAAGUUCAACAUUGCCAAAGUGAAAGCAGAUUCCGAGGAAGCAGAGUCAGAGGGUACAGUUGAGGUGUUGAAGUCAGCUAAAGAGGGUAAAGCUGAAAUAAAAGAGAAGGUUGGAAACGAUGAUUACUAUGGGGAUUAUUUGGAUGACAACAAUGUGAUCAAGAUUCAGAAUCGAGAGAAAAAGGAUGCGAAGGAGGAGUCAUCUUCGGACGAUAAGAAGUCUACGGAUGAGAAGAAAAAGGAAAUUAAGAAGAUUGAGAAGACGAAUAAAGUAAACCAUGAUGAGCCGAAGAAGGAAGAGAAGAAAAAUGAAGAGCAAGUUAAAGAAACGAAGCUAGAGAGUUCAACGACAGUAGCCAAGAAAGAAGAUGUAACAACAGUCGCUUCAACUACUGAAGAGCCAAAGUCGGAUAAAGACUCGGAAGGAUCAGGAUCUGAUAUAGAAGAAUCAACUGUUUCAUCUGCUAAACCAGCUGAAGCAGAAGAAAAUGAAGCUGAAUUAGAAGCAUCAGGUCAUGAAGAAGUAUCAACUACAACAGAAUCGACUACAGUUGCUGUCAAAGAAGUUCCAGUUGACGAAAUUGAAAAGAUUGCAAAACUCGAAGCAAAGCAGCAUACAGAGGAUGAAAAAGUGACUGUCGAAACCAAACAAGAAACUGCAGUAACUCCAGCACCGACCACUUCAGAGAAGACAUCAACCACAGCUGCACCAUCUACAAAGCCUGCAGAAGAGACAACGACAACUACUGAAGCCCCAUCUACCACUACUAAACCCGUUACAGUUGCUGUGAAAAAAGUGAGCCCAGAAGAAAUGGAGAAACUUGUGAAAAAGGAAUCAACUGAAAAAGUAACACUUCUGCCACCACUUCCAACAUUUACAUUCCCAACAUUGGCUCCAUUUACGUUCCCAACACUUCCAACUCUUGCUACAACAAAACCUUCUCCGGCUCCAAAAGUUCCAACAUUAGAAGAAAUUCUUGGAAAUUUAAAUGAUCAAUUCAAGAAACUUCUGUCUCCACCAAAGCCAUUGCCAAAGUAAUUAAUAAUUCGUAGAACUCGUAUUUUAUUUUUACUGCUCCAAAUUAUGGGUAUUUGUUGUUAAUAUUUGAUUCAUUAAUAUAUCAUCGGAUAAUAAAAUUAAGUUACACAUUAAAAA